AUAAUUCUCUUUUAUUAGUCGUUGCCAUUUUUCAUCUUCUUCUUCUUCUUCAUAAGUUCACUCUCUCACCAUGUUCUUCUGACGAUGCUCUCAUCAUCAUCGUCCUUGAUCUAUUCUCAUCUCAUUCACCACUUCAGUUGUAUUUGAAAGUCAGUUUCAAACUCCUGAGAUCUAUUUGUUUCCCCAAGAAAACAGCUUGUUUUCAACUCCUGUCGUGUCUGAAGCCUCUAGUACUUGUUCUUUCCUUUUCUGUCAGCUACAGUUUCCUUAUUGGGAGUUUGUAUCACGACUCACGACGACCUUAUAGAUCGUUUGAUCGGAACCUAGAAAUAUAUCAAAAUGGGUAAAACCGCCGGGAACAGAGACUGGGCUCAGAUCUACGCUAUAUACGGUAUUGAGCAAUGGCAGACGCUCGUCUUCCUUCUCUUCCACGCCUUCGUCUUCUCCCUCCUCUCCGUCCUCUUCCUCAUCUACUUCGACCAGAUUUGCUUCUUCCUCGACUCCUUCUUCCUCUCCGGCGCCGCCAGACUAGCCGCAGGGUUCACCGGCGCAGUCACCGCUCUUUCCGCCGUGUGCCUCCUCUUCGCCGCCGCUAAUUUCCUCUACUCCGACGUUCCGCUCCAGUACGAGAUGGCUCAGCGCAUGGUCAGCUCCGUCGGCGACUGGUCGUGCGUCAAAACGGCUCUCGAUCUCGGCUGCGGACGCGGCAUCCUCCUCAAUGCCGUCGCUACUCAGCUCAAGAAAACCGGUAGCUCCGGUCGGGUCGUCGGGUUAGACCGGUCCAAACGCACCACUCUCUCAACUCUCCGCACCGCCAAACUCGAAGGUGUGCAAGAGUACGUGACUUGUCGGGAAGGAGACGUGAGGACGUUACCGUUUGGGGAUAACUACUUCGACGUGGUGGUCUCGUCGGUGUUUGUGCACACUGUGGGGAAAGAGCACGGUCAGAAGUCGGUGGAGGCUGCGGCGGAGAGGAUGAGGGUGUUAGGGGAGAUAGUGAGAGUAGUUAAGCCUGGAGGCUUGUGCGUGGUGUGGGAUCUCUUACACGUGCCUGAGUACGUGCGGAGACUCCAGGAGUUAAAGAUGGAGGAUAUCCGAGUCUCUGAGCGAGUCACGGCGUUUAUGGCUGCAAGCCACAUCGUGUCGUUCCGUAAACCUAGCGAACUCGUCGCCGGACCACGUGAAGUCCGGCUCGAUUGGAGAUGCUGACGUGGAUUUUUAAAACGGCAGUGUCGGUUGGUUAUAGUGUAUUAUUUUAGUUACGAAUAUUAAAACUUAGAAAUUUAAAUACUGGGGAGGCGAAGCGGGACCAGACUAGCUUGUUAAUGGCCGCGUUUUGAUCUUUGUAUUUAUUUAUACAAACAAUACUAUUAACAUAAUCAGAUCUUUAUUA